CUUCGUCACGAAUCCGGCACCCCAACAGGACGACGAUUUCACGUUCAAGGCGAAGCGCGAAACUAUUCUAAGUUCGGCCUUCGAACACAUGCCGGUGUUCGAAAUCGGUUGGAGUCGCGCUGAUCGGCCCCAUUCGAGGGGGCCAUGACGCGUUGGCCCGUCCUACUGCUUGCACUGCUCUCGGUGGCGUUCGGUCAUGUCCCGGCCGUGGUGGCCCUGAAUUCCGGCCCGAAUGGUGCCGGUAUCGGUCUCACGCCGAGCGGCGGUUCCGGCGGCUCCGGGAGCCCGACCGUCCCCGAAGCGUCUGCAUCCUCGGCCCUACCGCUCUAUCAUGACCCGUAUCAACCUCAGUCACUGCUGCUUCAGCAUCAGUCAUCCACCCAGCAGCAGCAGCAGCAGCAGCAAACGCACUCGUCCGGCUCGUACAUUACGAAGAUGCCGGAGAACUCACCGGACCAGAAGUUCCGCAACAAUCGGACGGUGCUGACGCUCGGCUAUCUGACCGCGGUCAAGGGUGAUCUGAUCGACAAGCAGGGCCUCACCAUCUCGGGCGCCCUCACGAUGGCCCUGGACGAGAUCAACAACGAUCCGGAGCUGCUGCCGAACGUGACGCUCGCCCUGCGGUGGAACGAUACGCGCGGCGAAACGGUUGUCGCCACACGUGUCAUCACCGAGAUGAUUUGUGAUGGUGUGGCCGCAUUCUUCGGACCAGAGGGUACCUGCCAGACCGAAGCGAUCGUUUCACAGAGUCGCGACAUACCAAUGAUCUCGUAUAGAUGUUCCGAGCUGCAACGCAGCUCACCAAUUCCUACCUUCGCCCGAACCGAGCCACCCGAUACUCAGGUUACCAAAUCCAUCAUCUCCCUGCUGACCUACUACGGCUGGCGCAAGUUCUCCAUCAUCCACGAGCAGCUGUGGAAGAACGUGGCGACCUCGCUCGAAGCGCAAGCCACCCGCAACAACCUGUCCGUCAACCACGUCGAGAUGGUGUUCGACAACUACAAGUGCUGCCAGGACGAUAUGGACUGCUGCCGUAGUGGAUAUUGGUACACGGUCAUACAGAAAACGAUGAACAGGACCCGCAUCUAUGUGUUCCUCGGCAACAGCAAUCAGCUCGUUGACAUGAUGGCCACCAUGGACGGUAUGCAGCUCUUUGCCAAAGGCGAAUAUCUCGUAAUAUCCGCCGACAUGAUGACUUAUUCGCAGAAAUUGUCGAACAAGUAUCUGUGGCGGGCGGAAAAGCCACCGAACGUGCGAAACUGCAUGGACCUGCCGGGGCACUUUGAGCGGCGUAGCAAAAGUUUGCUUGUUGUUGUCGCCUCCGAACCCUUGCCCACGUUCGAAGCGUUCACGAACAAAGUGCGCGAGUACACACAGAAGGAGCCGUUCUUCUUCAAGCAACCGUCGCUGUUCCAUCAGUUUGUGAAGUACGUGUCAAUUUAUGCCGCCUAUCUGUACGAUUCGGUGAAGCUGUACGCCUGGGCACUGGAUAAGCUGCUGAAGGAGGAACAACAGCAUCGGCCGUUGACGAGCGACGUGAUCCGGGACGUGGCCAGCAACGGUACGAAGAUCAUUCAAACCAUCAUCAACAACCGAACGUACCACAGUGUUGCUGGUGCGACAAUUAAGAUCGACGAAUAUGGCGAUUCGGAGGGUAACUUUUCCGUGCUGGCACUUAAGCGAGAGUUUUACGAGGAGGCCAACUUUUCUUGCAUAUACCAGAUGCGCCCGGUUGCACACUUUCAGAUGCGGCAACCACAACAACUGAACGACACGAACCAGCAUCGAAACGAUGAAAUUCCAGAGUUUAAAUUGUCCAAGGUUGGGAAUGCGAUCGACUGGCCCGGAUCGGACCGACCGAUGGAUGAGCCGUCCUGUGGCUUUAUGAACGAGCACUGCAUGAAAGAUGACACCCAUAUCAUGUCGAUGGUGGUGGCCGGUGUCCUCGCACUGAUACUCUUCUGUGCGGGCGUCAUCACGAUGAGCAUCUAUCGCAAAUGGAAAAUCGAGCUAGAAAUCGAGGGUUUGCUGUGGAAGAUCGAUCCGGGCGACAUCAAGGGGUACUUCAACACGGAAAUUGUGUCCUCACCGAGCAAGCUCAGCCUGGCCAGCGCCCAAUCGUUUGGAUCGCGGUGCUCGAACCAGGUGUUCACGCCCACCGCCCGCUUCCGGAGUGUGGUGGUGCGCAUCAAGGAGCUAAAGUUUUCCCGCCGCAAGGACAUCUCGCGCGAAAUCAUGAAGGAGAUGCGACUGCUGCGCGACCUCCGGCACGAUAACAUCAAUAGCUUCAUCGGGGCUUGCGUGGAACCGAUGCGGAUAUUACUAGUCACUGAUUAUUGUGCCAAGGGAAGCCUGUACGAUAUCAUCGAGAACGAGGAUAUCAAGCUAGAUGAUUUAUUUAUUGCAUCACUGGUGCAUGAUUUAAUUAAGGCAAUGAUCUACAUUCACAGUUCAGCUUUAAACUAUCACGGUAAUUUGAAAUCGUCCAACUGUGUCGUGACGUCGCGCUGGAUGCUGCAGGUGACGGACUUUGGUUUGCACGAUCUUCGCCACUGUGCGGAGAACGAAUCGAUCGGUGAACAUCAGCACUAUCGAAAUCUGUUCUGGAAGUCGCCGGAGCUGUUGCGUCAACCGAACGCUUACGGUAGCCAGAAGGGGGACGUGUACGCGUUCGCGAUCAUACUGUUCGAAAUCAUUGGCCGCAGGGGUCCGUUCGGGUACACCGAGCUGGAACCGAAAGAAAUCAUCGAUCGGGUGAAAGGUUUGCCCGAACCGGGCCGGGAACCGUUCCGGCCCGACAUCGAGAGCGUGAUCGAGAACGAAAAUGUGUCCGACUAUGUGAUCAACUGCAUACGUGACUGCUGGGACGAAAAUGCCGAUCUGCGGCCCGAUUUUCCCAACAUUAGGAAUCGGUUAAAGCGUAUGCGUGGCGGAAAGUCGAAAAACAUCAUGGACCAGAUGAUGGAAAUGAUGGAAAAGUACGCAAACAACCUGGAGGAGAUCGUGCAGGAUCGAACGCGGUUGCUGUGCGAGGAGAAGCGCAAGACGGAGGAUCUGCUACACCGCAUGCUGCCCCAGCCGGUGGCAGAGAAACUGACCAAAGGGCUCGGCGUCGAGCCAGUAUCGUAUGAUUCGGUGACGAUCUACUUCAGUGACAUUGUUGGUUUUACAGCGAUGUCAGCCGAAAGCACACCGUUGCAGGUCGUCAACUUCCUGAACGAUCUGUACACGGUGUUCGAUCGCAUCAUCAAGGGUUACGACGUGUACAAGGUGGAAACGAUCGGUGACGCGUACAUGGUGGUAUCCGGAUUGCCAAUCACGAAUGGAAACCGGCACGUCGGUGAGAUCGCUUCGAUGGCCCUGGAGCUGCUGCAAGCGGUACGCAGCCACCGGAUUGCACAUCGGCCUAACGAAACGCUAAAACUGCGCAUCGGCAUCCAUACGGGGCCGGUCGUGGCGGGCGUGGUCGGUCUUACUAUGCCGCGCUAUUGCCUGUUCGGUGACACAGUCAACACAGCGUCACGCAUGGAAUCGAACGGGGAGGCACUCAAGAUACACAUCUCGCAGCAGUGCAAGGAUGCGCUCGACACGCUGGGCGGAUACGUGAUCAUCGAGCGGGGUCUGAUCGCAAUGAAGGGCAAGGGCGAAGUGAUGACGUACUGGCUCGAGGCCGCAACGGAACAGGCCAUCCAGAAGAUUCCGGUGGACGUGCGAGAUCUUCCACCACCACUGUUCUGUCGACCACGGCGUAGCCCUAAGAUGACGUACGAUUCGCGACAUCCGAGCAUCAUCGGACUGCCGGGAGGCGGCAUGAUCAGCAACAUAAGCGGGAUGGGGAGCUACAUGCCGGGCAGCAGACGUCAAUCGUGCGCCCAUCGGGUCGGUGUUGGUGGUGGAGCGGAUCACGAAAGCAGCUAUAGCCUGCAGGGAUCCAUGUUCGGGCCGAUGGUACCGUUGCGUGCCGAUUCUCCGCCACCCCGCCGACCAGAUCCGGCCGGACGCGAAGGUUCGAUAGCGCUGGACGAUGCGGAUGACGAUUCGCAGUGUACGCUGGAUCAGCGACCGACUGUCACUAAUGCACCCACAGCAACCACAGCGCUCGGCAGCAGUAAAAUUGCCUCCAGCGACAACCUGAAGCGAGCGUUAUUUGGCAACAGUCCUGGUAAACGGUUGAGUCACAAACUGCGCUCGAUUACGUCGGCGGACGAUUACAAGCAGCUCUGCAGCAACAUGCCAGCUAAUGGGGGCCGAUCGCCGGAAGCGGCACUGUUACGCGAGAGCCGUUCACUCGAUCCCUUCCCCGUCACGAUCGAGCCUAGACGUAAGCGUUUGGACGCACUGGCCAAACGCGUACCCCGGCUGGGGAAAACGAUUGCCGCACCGUCACGCACCGGUUCGCAGACGUUCGCACCGGCCCCGACAGUUGUGUCCACGAUCAGCCACGAAUCCAUUGUGGACUCCGUCCGGGGACAGCACGACGAACAGCUGCAGCUCGGGUCGGGCAAACUGACCGUCCUGGGCAACGUAAAGUGUCGCGUACCGGAACCGAACAACAGUCACAGUGAGGCGGCAUACCACAAAUAUCUGCACAACAACAACUGCAACGGUUCGAUCGGCAAUGGGGCAGCGGAAGAGCAGGCCACCUGUCCGCUGCUCACGCGGCAGACGUCUCUCACGACCCCGCAGGAACACGACUGUCCCGGACUGUACACGAACAACAGCAGCAGCAAGCGCUGGUACUCGCUCGAGCAUGUCGGCAUGCCGGAUGAGGAUAGCUGUAGCAAAAAGUCCCUGACACGCAGCUCGAUCAAAUCCUGGCUGGUCGGCUUCAUACACGGCAAUGGGUUUAAAUCGAGCGACAGUUCGCUGCGCAAGGUGGGCGUCCUGCCGGUCGGUGUCGGUGGAGUUACCGGGUUUGGCGAGUUGCAACCAACGCCGGAAAAGGAAAGCAUGGUUUGA